UAGGAACUUGCUUUUCUUUUCCGCCUCCCCCUUUUUUCUUCUGUGAACUCCAAAUCUGGGUCACCCACCGCGAUGCGCCCGCCAUAAGUUUCUCGGUUGUGUUUGGGGGUGACAGAGUUAGUGCUUGAUAACUGUCGAUCCAGCAAUGGCGAAAUUGAAGGUCUGAAUGACUCCUUUAAAGAGCUGGAGUUUCUGAGCAUGGCCAAUGUAGAGCUGACAUCCCUGGCCAAGCUCCCCACCUUGAGUAAGCUCAGAAAGCUGGAAUUGAGCGACAACGUCAUUUCGGGAGGCCUAGAGGUCCUGGCAGAAAGAUGUCCAAAUCUCACAUAUCUAAAUCUAAGUGGGAACAAAAUCAAAGAUCUCAGCACUGUGGAAGCCCUUCAAAAUCUCAAAAACUUGAAGAGCCUGGACUUGUUCAACUGUGACGUCACAAACCUGGAGGAUUACAGGGAAAGCGUUUUUGAGCUGCUUCAACAGAUCACCUACCUAGAUGGGUUUGAUCAGGAAGAUAAUGAGGCCCCUGACUCAGAAGACGAGGAUGAUGAAGAAGGGGAUGAGGAGGAUGAAGAUGAUGAAGAUGAAGCUGGUCCACCAGGAGAGUACGAAGAAGAUGAAGAUGAAGAUGAUGCAGGUUCAGAUUUGGGGGAGGGUGAAGAGGAGGAAGAAGUUGGUCUUUCAUACCUGAUGAAGGAGGAGAUCCAGGAUGAAGACGAUGACGACGAUUACGUUGAAGAAGGUGUCGAUGAGGAGGAAGAAGCUGAGGGUGUCCGAGGGGAGAAGAGGAAACGAGAACCUGAAGAUGAAGGCGAAGAAGAGGAUGAUUAAUUUGUUACAGAAACAAAUAGGACCAGACUCUUAAGUUACAGAAUACGCAAUAGUGAUCAUGUACCAUAGAUGUCCCUACAGAAAAUAACAUGUUAACUUUUUAUAGGAAAGGUGUGGUUUUACUAUUCUUGCCCUUUUUAUCAUUCCGAAUAUUAUGUAAUAACCUUGUUAGUGAAAUAUGUAGAAAACAAUUUUCAACCCUAUAAUCACUGAAUUCAUUGUCAAGUUUUCCCCUAGAAUUUUUUUUGAAUUUUUGUUUUAUACAAGCUUGCUGUGUUGGUCAUUAUUAACCCACAAUUAAGACAAGAAAUGUUUUACAUGGGUUUAGUAUGGUGGAUUUUAUUCAGUAUUUUAAAACUAUACAUAAGCUGAAAUCAAAGAUACUUUAUGAUAAAAAUCAAGUCUCUAUGAAAUGAGAAGUAGUUCUAUCCAACUGAGCUUGACCACGAGUUCAGCCUGAGAUCGAUAUGUUGACUACACCUUAUUUUAACUUGUUAAAUUGUGACUUUUUUUUUAAGAGGGUCUUGUACUACUUUUUUUUUUCUGUUUUAUGACUCACGAGGAAACCUAAACAAGUUUAAGGACUAUUUUUCCCUAGCUUCUUCAGAAGUUUGCAUGUUUGCUUGAGGACUUGCUGGAUGUCUGAGGAUGUAUUUUAUUAAUUCUCACUUCUGAUGAAGUGGUAAAAUCCUUAAGUCUGUUUCUUCCCUCCUCCCUCACCCCCAAAAUGGGUACUUGUAUUUUAAUAGCCAUUCAGAAGAGCCAGUAACCCACAGUUUUAAACUGUCUGACUAAAAAUCCCUUUUCCUCUAAACUGUUUUCACUUGGCUCUGUGAUCUUGUGAAAUUUCCAGCUGUACAGGUUUCCCUCGCUUUAUGCUGUUCAUGUGUUCUGGGAAAACGGCACAUAACUCAAAUU